AUGCUGAUAUUUUACCGUCUACAACCAAACAUGAUCCAUAUCCGAGUUCCUGUGCUCAGACAUCUCUCUAAAUUAGAUGCAUGUCACUCAACUCGCUUCUCGGCACCACAAAUUCCUGCUCCAAGGGGGGAGGGCCAGGCCAGGCCAUUCCCCAAUGCCACCCUCCACUCAACCUCAUCCGCUAGUGGACAAGCCCGUUGCUGUCUCGGAAGUACGGCUUCAUCGUCUUGCCUAUUGAAAGUUGCCUUGCCUUUGAAACUGCGGCGCCUCUGGGGCCCUUUCAGGUGCCGUCUCUUCCAGCUCGCGCCUAAAAAUAAUAACCCCCCUCCCAGCCCAGCCCAGUCCAGCCCUGGAGGCUUUACUUACAUCUACCUCAUCUGUUGCUCCCCUGCCCUGCCCUGCCCUUCUCUCUCUCGCUGUUUUUCGGUUCCUGCUUUUAGAAGACCACCCCCCUCCCUCCUCUCUCGCUUCUUCCUCGCGCUGUGUGUGCUCCCGCCCCCGUUUACAAAUUCGUAA